AUGGCUAAAACUUAUAAAAGAUUGGUUAUCGUGAAAAGAACGACAAACUUUAGAGAAGCUGUAAAAGUAUUGUGCGAACCAUUGGUUCCGCCACAAGACAACGAGAUACUCGUGAAGACGGUCUACGCGGGGGUCAACGCAACUGAUGUCAUAACAUAUCAAUUUGGAGGAAAUGGAGUCGGAUAUGAGGCAUUGGGAGUGAUUGAAGCCGUGGGCAAAAAUGUUGCUGAUUUUACAGUCGGACAGACAGUCAUAUUCCUAUUUGGCAUCGAUUAUAAUUUCAGAGGAUUCUCUGAAUAUAUAUACGCUAAGAGUGAAGAACUAACUGCAGUCCCUUGUCUUAAACCGGAGUUACUAUCACUACCUGUUUGUGGUAUAACAGCUGCCAUUGGAUUAGAUAACGCCGGAUUCAUUAAGAAAACUGACAAAGUAUUAGUGACUGCAGCCGCCGGUGGCACUGGUAUGGUAGCCGUCCAGUGGGCCAAACAAAAAGGGUGUUAUGUUAUAGGAAUGACAUCAACUGAAGAGAAGGCAAAACUGCUUAAAGAGUUGGGAACCGAUCGAGUGAUUAAUUAUAAGACUGAAAAUUUGGAUGAAGUGCUCACUAAAGAAUUUCCGGAAGGAGUGGAUGUGAUUUGGGAGACAAUCGGCGGUCAAGUAUUUGAGACUCUAUUUAAACAUUUGGCACUAAAGGGUCGACUCGUUUUGAUCGGAGGAACCGCUUCUUAUAAAUCUGAGACAAACGAUGUAAACAAUACACUCAAUAUUCCCAACGCGUCUAACUUACUUAGAAUGAACCAGAUGCUUUCUGGUUUUUUCAUUUGGCACAAUCGGGAUUUGUUUCCCAAAUAUAUGCCACAAUUAGUUGAAGACGUUGUGAGCAAUAAAUUGAAAAUUGCCGUCGAUUUGGGACUCAACACAAGUGAAGGAGAAUUCAAAGGAAUUGAUUCUGUGGUCAGAGGAGUGGAGGUAAACAUCAAUGAAAUCAAAUGUUUGAAUAUU